AUGGAUAUAAAUCUGCAAAGUGAUAGUGAACUUCCUGAACAAAAUUUUAACGACAGUGAAGAUGAAUCUAUAGUCGUUUCUUACCUUAAAAAUAAGGAUAAAGUGAAUCGCAGAGAUGGCGUCUUAUUUUCGUCGAAGAAGAAGUCUUCUCUACUAAAUGAUGUCCUUAAACUAGAAACCAUACCAGAAAGCGACCAAGUCUCUACUGUCAUCGAUCCAUCAAUAAAAAUAUCGGAAAAUUCUCUGGACGUAUACAUCCCCUCAUUUCCUGGUUCACCACGAUCUCUUGAUUAUGGAUCUGAACCCUCCAUUGAUUCUGAAUUUGAAGAAUACCAGCACGAUGCUCGGUUAAAAGAAGCUAUAGAGUUCCUUCACGCAGACAAGGACCUACUCAUCGCUGCCGAAACUGGCAAUGAUCAACACAUCGAGAUGAUUUUAAGGAGGACAGAUAUACAUGUUCAACAGAUGGACCACCUGGGAAGAAAUGCACUGCACCUUGCAGUUUGUUCCGAUAAUUUGAGAGCUAUAGAAUUAUUGUUGAAAGGUGGAGUUAGUCCCAAUGUUAAAGAUAGCGUCGGAAUGACUCCGCUAUCUUUGUGUUUGAUGCGCAGACCGUCGUUGACUGUGGCCAAGCUUCUUUUUGAUUAUGGGGCUAAACUGAUGCCACGAACGGAUCCUAUGGAUACAGGACUGUUCAUUCAGUUUGUUAUGAUGUCAACUCCGACAGAUGAAGAAGAGAACAUAAUGGAACUUCUUAUACAAAAAGGUGCUCUUGUUAACGAUCCCGAUGCACCAGGAGGCCGGCAGCCUCUGCAUUUUGCGGCAAUGAGCAACAACUGCACUCUUAUACGUAUUCUUGUGAACUUAGGAGCAAGCUUGUAUUUAACUAAUCACAGAAAUGAAACGCCAAAAGAAGUGGCAGCUACCUUUGAUUGUAAAGAUGCUUAUGACCUUUUGAAUGAUCUCGAGUUGGAAGAUAUGGUGCCUAUGCAAUCUAGAGGACGACAGACAAGUCCAUUUUAAAUGAUGAUUUACUACGAUAAGAUUAGUGCCUGGGUUAGU